AUGGUUUACUCACCGUCAUGGCCAUCUGAAUCUGAAAGCGAAAUUUCAGUGACAAAUAACUCGACAAAGAGUAAAAUCCAAAUAGCAGAUAGUAAAGAGGUGAUGUCGGUAUUUUCUAAUCUCGCUGCUAAGAAACAGAAGCGAAGGGGAAAGGGAAAAGGUAAAGAAAUCAAGGCUAGUAAGCCAGAUAUUACUCAAAGUAACAAAUCAAUCAACAAAGAGUCAUUGCCGUCUUUAAGACCGGAAAUCUCCACAAAAAUUACCAAGCGACCACCUCCAAAAUUAGUGAAAGAGCUCAAACAGCCGGCCGUCUACGUUUCCACCAAAACACCUUUUGUAUCUGGCCUCAAAAGAGUCUCAAAGCAUAUAUCUGAUGUACAGAAAUUGGGGACAAAAGACUCAAUUAAAAAGAAUGAACUACACGUUACCGUCUAUGGCCUGGGUAAAGCCAUUGAUAAAGCGCUAGCUAUUGGCCUAAAUUUUAUGAACCAAUAUUCUAGGGUCGAAGUCCUCACUGGAACAGUGAAUGUCGUUGAUGAAUCUAAUGAAGAUGAUGAAAAUGGAAUACCAAAGAUAAACAAGAGAAAGACUAGCAAAGUGGAAAUCAAGAUUUAUGUUUGGAGUCAACAUGAAUGA